UGGUGGUCAAAGCUCGGAGAGGCGACUGAGUCGUUGCAAAAAUUACCAGGAAACUUUGCGUCAGCGGAGAGCCUCGGAGCCAGUGGCCGGGGGUCCGCGUUCGGCGGCCGGCGAGAGACGAGAGCGAGACCCGGGAGAGAGCGAGUGUCCCCGCCGCGUGUGUGCUCGAGGUGAACAAGUGCUGGGUUUGGACCAACAUGGUUCCACCAUGAGUGAGCAGUUGGACCUCUGGUUCUGUGAGCAGUGCCAGGACUUUUUCCAGAAGGAGUGUCCCUCUCACGGGCCCCCGCUGUUUGUCCCUGAUACCCCUGCAGCGCCAGGGUCGGCCAACAGGGCGGCGCUCACUGUCCCAUCAGGCCUGGAGGUGUUCACUGAGGGAGAAGAGGUUGAUGUUCGCUGUGUGGAUUCAGCCAUCCCCAAGGGGGCAGUGUUUGGUCCGUAUGAGGGAGAGCUGGUGUCCAAGGACAAAUCUUCUGGCUUUUAUUCCUGGAUAAUUGUUGAUUUUAACAACAUAUACCAGUCCAUUGAUGGCAGCGAUGAGACCAAAGCCAACUGGAUGAGGUUUGUUCGGACCUCAUCUGAAGAGAGCAACAGGAACUUGACGGCGUUUCAACACGGUAAAAACAUCUACUUCAGAGUCUGUCGGCAGCUGGAAGUAGGAGAGAGGCUGAGGGUGUGGUACAGCGAAGACUACAUCCAGAGGCUUCACUGUGUCUCACAGGAAAGCAUCGGCCGCAAUCUGGACACAGAUAGUGGGAAACCAGCCGUCCUGCCCAACAUUCACAAGGAUUUUAAGUCUCCGUGCCUGCAGUCAGCUCUGCAGGGCAGACCCAGUCCUGGUAAGCAAAGCAGCGAAGAAUCAGACGGUCAGCCCCCCGCAAAGAGGAAGAAGAUCGACCUCAUCUUCAAAGACGUGUUGGAGGCCUCUCUGGAGGACUCUGGCAAGUCCAGGUCCCAGUCGUCCCUCCUCAGUGAGUGUAAAGUACCCUUGCACAGGCUCGGGGUAAACUCCUCUGAAAGCGGCUUUAACGUCUCCAACCUGAAGGUGGAGGAGAAGGAGGAGGAGAACAAGACCGGUGAGGAGCCGUCCACCUCCUUCUGCCCCAACUGUGUCAAACUGAAGAGGAGAAUCCUGGAGCUAGAGGAGGAGCUGUCCCGGCUCCGAGGAGUCCAGGGGGACAAGGUCGGUCCAUCAGGGUCUGGACCGGUCCAACACGAUCAGCCUCCGCCACAUCCAGAACAAGGUCCUGUUGAAGACUUUCAAGGAAUGGAACCUCUGACUCCGACUCAGGUGGUUCUGGAUGAAGAUGAUCAGGAUGUGGACUCAGCCGAUGAGUCGAUCGCUGCAGAUCUUGUGAUUUCUCCAGAGGACUCAUCAAAACUCUCUUCCGGAGGAGGCAGACGGAUUCGUCGCUUCAAGCAGGAGUGGCUGAAAAAGUUCUGGUUCCUUCGCUACUCGCCAACUCUGAACGAAAUGUGGUGCCACGUCUGCCGCCAGUACACUGUCCAGUCGUCCCGCACCUCAGCCUUCAUCAUCGGCUCCAAGCAGUUUAAGAUCCACACCAUCAAACUCCACAGCCAGAGUAACCUGCAUAAGAAGUGUCUGCAGCUUUAUAAACUGCGCAUGCAUCCAGAAAAGACAGAAGAAAUGUGUAAGAACAUGAUGCUGCUCUUUAACGCAGCGUACCACUUGGCGCUGGAGGGACGGCCCUUUUCUGACCUCCGUCCACUGGCAGAGCUGCUUAAGAAAUGUGAGCUCAAAGUGGUGGACCAGUACAUGAAUGAAGGGGACUGUCAGAUCCUCAUCCAUCACAUUGCAAGGGCUUUAAAAGAAGACCUGGCUGAGAAGAUGCGCCUGUCUCCAUUCUUAAGUGUCAUAAUGGACGCCCAAAAUGAUGACCUUUUCUCAGACAUGGUGGCAGUGUACGUCCAGUUCAUAACCAAUGAGGGCUCACCAAACACAGAAUUCUUGUCAUUGCAGAGACUGACCAUCACCAGUGUGGAUGGAUACCUCCAGGCGAUGGAUCGGGCCUUCAGCAUCCUGGGCCUCAGGUUUCAGGACUUGCUCGUGGUGGGUUUAGGGGUAGACGGCACCAACAUCUCUUUAGGAAUGAGAGCGAACUUGUACAUAGCUGUACAGAAGACUUUUCCCUGGAUUUUGUGUCUUCCCAUAAUGAUCCAUCGGCCUCAUCUGGAGGUGCUCGAUGCCAUCAGCGGGAAAGAGCUUUCUUGCCUUGAGGAUCUGGAAAAUAAUCUUAAGCAGCUCCUCAGCUUCUACCGCUACUCUCCUCGCAUGAUGUCCGAGCUGCGAUCCACCGCUCCAACGCUGUCGGAGGAGACUGAGUUUCUCGGAGAUAUCAGAGCCAUACGAUGGAUCAUAGGAGAACCCAAUGUCCUUAAUGCACUCAUCAAAGAUUACCUGGAGGUGGUUGCCCAUCUAAAGGAGAUCAGCAGCCAGACACAGAGGGCUGACGCUGCAGCUAUUGCACUUACCCUUCUCCAGUUCCUCAUGGAUUAUCAAUCAGUAAAGCUAAUCUACUUCCUGUUGGACAUCAUCGCUGUUCUGUCACGAUUAGCCUUCACUUUCCAGGGGGAGUACCUGCUGGUAUCUCAGGUGGAAGCCAAAAUAGAGGAAGCCAUUCAGGAGAUCGGUCAGCUGGUGGACUGUCCCGGAGAGUAUCUGCAGGAAUUUGAGGAAAAUUUCCGUGAAAGUUUCAAUGGUGUGGCUUUGAAGAACCUCCGUGUUGCAGAGUCAAAGUUUCAGUCCAUCCGAGAAAAAAUCUGUAAGCGGAGCCAGGGUAUCCUCUCCCAGAGGUUGGAUGUGCAGAGCUGUGCGUUCGCCAAAGCCUGCAAGGUCCUGGAUCUGUCGACCUGGCCUCAGAACAGGGAGGAUCUGCAAGCUUAUGGGGAAGAAGAAAUCCAGAUGAUAUUCAACCACCUGGAGUCAGUUCCCUCUGCAGGUCAAGAAGGAUCCCAAGUGCGGGUAGAAGCUAGAGGCAGCCUGGUAGGGGAGUGGAAAGAACUGAAGGCAGACUACUACAGUAUGAACAGUUUUAAAGAGGUCAUCAGUCACGUCUGCAGAUACAAGCAGCGGUUUCCUCUGCUGAACCGGAUCGUGCAGGUGGUUCGGGUCCUGCCCAGCUCCACGGCGUGCUGCGAUAAAGGCCGCGGGUCCCUGCAGAAGAUGUGCAAGAACAACCGGUCUCGGCUGACUCUGGAGCACAUGAACGACCUGCUGACGGUGGCCGUUAACGGACCCCCCAUCCCUAACUUUGAUGGGAAGCGGGCGUUGGACAGCUGGUUCGAGGAGAAGUCUGGCAGCAGUUACUCACUCUCAGCUGAGGUUUUGAACAGGAUGUCCGUCGCUGAUCAGAAGUCAGUUUUGCACAGUGUUGACGUCAACACAGAGUUCUACCCAGAUAUGUAACACAAACACAAACCGCCUGCUCCUAAAAAGACAAACCCCUGUCUGAUGUAAUUCGCUUUACCUGUUCUUCUAUUCAAAGCCCGUCUGCUGCUUUUCACUCUCUUAUUUAUGUUGUUAGGCCCAGCAUAUUUAUUUACCCGUUAAACAAAACAAAUUCCAACUGAUUCAUCGCUACAAAACGUUUUAUUGUAUGUUUCUGCAAACUACAAUUAACUAUAACAGGGCAAUAAUAAUAAGGAGAAUUACUCUAAAUUUGUCCUCAGUCUAAUCCAGUACCAUCAGUAUGUAAACUUUAUAGUAAAAUGUUAGUAACACAAACACAGUCACACUUAAAGGAGUGAUAUUUUGCUUUUUUAAAUGGAAUUAUGCAUUUUCAAACAUUUCCCUGUGGUCUACAUAAACUGUAAAUGCUCUGCUUGGGUCUAAAUUCU